AUGUUCUCAAGAAUAGCACUCAGAUCAACUCAAGCAGCCCAGCAAAUCCCACGCCAAUCCAUCUCCACACCAAGAACGAUGCUCACUGCCGCAAAGAGUUUAUACACAGCCAAAGCCUCAGCUACGGGCGGAGGACGCGCUAACGGCACCGCAAAAUCGGAGACUACAUCCUUCACAGUGUCCAUUCAGCCACCAGGCAGUGAAUCGAACACUAACCCAGAAGAACUCGUCGCCUUGGGCUACUCGACGUGUUUCCUUGGCGCUAUGAAGGUGGCUGCUCAACAAAUCGGCAAGAGCGGUCCAUCCGAUGCUGCCAAGUCAUUUGCUGACGUUACGCUCAACAGCACUGACAGCAAGACGUCUCCUUUCACUAUCUCCACUCACCUCACUAUCGAGGACACCAAACACGACAUUGACACUCUCGUCGCCGUCGCGAAACAAACCCACACCGUUUGCCCUUACGAGAUCGCCUUCAAGGGCAACAUUAAGCAAUCUUUCACUGCGAUUGCCAAGGACGGCAAGAGUGAGUCAUGGUAG